AUGGCUACCACAUUGUCACCGCGGCUCGUCCGCCUCACCACCCCACUCUUUUCACGACCAACCGCGACAUGCACCCGGAUGUUCGUCUCGCGGUACAGCACCAGCAGCGCCGACGACCUCAUCCUGACCCAACAAAUUCCUGCCCCGGGAUCCGGACAUGUGCGCGUUCUGCAACUGAACCGACCAAAGGCCCGCAAUGCUAUCUCGCGUGAGCUGCUCGAAAACCUGUCAUCGCAGGUGAACUCCAUCGCUGCGGAAAAGGGAAAUGGACCAACCCGGGCACUGGUCGUUGGUAGCAAUGUCGACGCGGCAUUCUGCGCCGGCGCAGACCUGAAGGAGCGCGCUACAAUGUCACCUGCUGAGGUAGAGGACUUCCUACUCAAGCUCCGAAGCACCUUCACCAGCCUCGCUCAGCUUGAAAUUCCCACCAUCUCCUCGAUAUCCUCUAUGGCCCUAGGCGGCGGCCUGGAGCUCGCACUGUGCACCCACCUCCGCGUUUUCGGUUCAUCGAGUACCGUCGGCCUCCCCGAGACUCGCUUAGCUAUCAUUCCCGGUGCAGGCGGUACUUACAGACUGCCUGGGCUGAUCGGCAUUCCUCGCGCUCGCGAUAUGAUCUUGACUGGCCGCCGGGUGUAUGGUCCCGAGGCCUACUUCAUGGGACUCUGCGAUCGCCUGGUGGAAGUGCUCCCCGAGGAAGCAGCCCAAGAGGGUGUGGCGCGCGAGAAGGUUCUCCGGGAGAGUAUCAAGCUGGCACUGGAUAUUUGCGAAGGUGGACCCAUUGCUAUCAAACAUGCUCUGAUUGCUGUACAAGGCGCUGCUUUGGGGGAGAUUUCGGAGAAUGCUGCUUAUGAGGGUGUCAUUGAGACAGAAGAUCGGUAUGAGGCGCUGCGUGCUUUUGCGGAGAAGCGCAAGCCAGCUUUCCGAGGACAAUAG